GAUGAGUGUAGGCCUCGGGUUGUUCCCCUUGUUCGUCUUCUCCUUCAACCUACCGCCUUGCACCGAUGACGAGUAACACCGACGCCGCCGCCACCUCUGCCAACCGUACUAUUUGCUGCUCAUCCACGACCACCACACGCUAUAAGUGGGGGUUUAACGAGCCGUGAUACAUACCGGCCGUGCGACCCCGUCAGACGGCAUGAGCGCGGAGGAAACCGACGUCGCCACCAGCGCCGUAGUCGGCCCCGCGUCCUCGACGUCUCCGCGUCCGUCUUCCUCGCCGUCGCCGGCGGGCCCGCAGUACGUACCCACGUCUGGCGCAACGCUGUACGGGCUCGAGGUGCGGCGACUGCGGGAGAGGCUGUUGCCGACGACGACGACGACGAAGCAGGGGGGUGGAUGGGGAAACGGGGACAGGCUACGGAUGCGCACAGGGUGCGCCGAGAUCGACGGCGGCGCGCUGCUCGGCGGCGGGUUCGAGCGCGGCACCAUCGUCGGCGUGAGUGCCGAGGAAGCGGACUUUGGGGUGUUGGUCGGGUUGCAGACGGUCGCACGAGCGCUCGUCUCUGACCAUAGCGGCGAGGGGAUUGGAGGCGGAAAGCCCGAGAGCACGGGGGCAAAUAGGCUGCGGGCCGCUGUCGUCACCACGCUGCCCCCCGCCGCGAUCCUGCCGUUGCUGCGGGACGUGGUCGCGGCGCAAGCGAGAGCUAGGUUCGCGACGGGCCACAGGCCACGGGGAACGGAGGAGGUAGAGGAGGUGGUGAAAGGGAUAGUAAGGAGUUGCCUAGAGCGCGUCUCGAUCUCCCGCAUCUUCGAUAUCGAGGGCUUGUGGGAGGUGAUUAGAGAGCUAGAGACCCCUAUCUCUACUACUCCUGAUGCUAGGACUGAGGGUGCUCAGAUAGCUAGCCCCAGCGGGAAAGAUGGGGGGGCAGAUCCUAUACGGUCUACCACCGCCCAAGAAGAAGAGGCGCAGGCAGUUUUCCCCGAGUCGUUGGUCUCGGAGCCGUCCCCUAGUAAAGUUUCCGGAAACGACGAGGAUAGUGAUGCUGAUCUCGGGCUGGUCGUAGCAGACCCCCCCGUGCCCGAACUGCCCCCAAGGACUCAUAAGACAGAAAUACAAGAUAGCGAGGACGACGAAGACGGAGGCCUGGAUUCUUCGCCACCACCGAUGAUUGCUUCUCCCCGGGCGAAACUACCCAUAACCCUGCCCUCUCUUCGCUCACCUCGCUCGCCUCUCCUCCGACCUCCCCCUUCCCAACUGCCCCCUGCCGCACCACCGACCACCUCAACCCCCAGAGAGCCAGCGGGCGGUGUUCGCGAGGACAACGCCGAGAAAGCGGCGGGAGACGAGGAGAGGAGCGGGCGGGAAGCGGGAGCCGAGAAGGGCGAGAACGAACCGACCCCGACCUUGCCCGACAUCAUCCUGGUGACGCACUUCUCGUCGCUGCUGGCGGGCCUGUUCGCGCGCGCCGGCGACCACGGCAAGGCGGCCGCGCACGCGACGCUGCAGCUGCUGGCCGCGCACCUGCGGCACCUGUGCCGCGCGCCCGCGCCGCCGCUCGUCAUGCUCCUCAACACGACCACGGCCACGGCCACGACCGCCGCCGCCGCCGCCGCCCCUGCGCCUGCGCCGACGCUGCGGUCCGUCUUCAGCGCGGCGCCGGCGCCCGCACGGCCGCGCAGCAAGCCUGCGUUCGGCGCGACGUUCGCACAGCUCCUUGACCUGCAUCUGCUGUGCACGCGGGUGCCGCGCUCGCCCGCCGACGCCCGCCGCUGCUGGGUCGUCGAGGUGCUGCUCGACGAGCUCGGGGUGUGGGAGCGGGCCACGGAGGCAAGCGGCGGCGGGGGCGAGGAAGGGAGGAACGCCGGCGGUAGCGGGGGCGACGGCGGCACAGGAGGGAGGUGGCAGAGACGUAGUCGAGAGCAGCGCUGGGGCGCCGUGGACGUGCGCGCCGGCGUCACGAUCGUCGACGCCUUUCCCGGACCAGGGUCAUAAAAGGUGGUAGACUUGCUCUGGGGGGCGAAGAGUCACAUGUGCCCUAUACUACGGAUGUAAAGCCGCACCUAGAGGCGGCGGAAGGCUUGCUUGCUUGGGUCAGGUAUCACGUCAAAAUUCUUGCGGCUGCGUUCGAUAUCAACCAUAGUAACUUGUCAACCUGUGAGAUUAAAUAGAGCGAGAUCAAGCUUCUCCG